AUGCAAUUCAAGUCAUUAGCCGCCAUCUCAGCUUUGUCAGCUGUCGCUUCCGCAACCAACUUCCAAAACGCUACUGUCAUCACCACUGACAUUACCGUUACUGCUUACACCACCUACUGCCCAGAACCAACCACCAUCACCUUGACUGUUUGUGAUGAAUCCGCCAUCUGCAAGGCCAGUGAAAUCGUCGUUGCUGAGGCCCAGACCAUCACCAUCACCGAAGACUGCGUCAUCCCAGUUUCAUACACCACUGCUGAGUACACCAUCACCAAGACCCUUCCAUGUGUAGAAUGUGCUGGUGAAGAAGAAACCGUUGCUCCAGUUGCCGAAGAGGAAACCAUUGUUCCAGUUCCAGAAGUGCCAGCUGAAGAAACCGUCGCUCCAGUUCCAGCUCCAGCUGAUGCUUCAGAGUCAUACGCUCCAAUCUAUGAAGUCACUUCUUACGAAGGUGCUGCUGGCAAGAAUGUUGCUGGUCUUGCUGCUGGUUUCCUCGCUGUUGCUGCUGCUUUCUUAUAA